AUGCUGGCCGAGUCAAACAAGAAGAGACUGUCGCGCCCCGAGAUCAAACAGAUAGCCAGAUGCGUUCUUGAAGCCCUUCAAGUCCUGCACGACGAUUGGAUGGUUCACACAGACAUCAAGCUGGACAGCAUUUUCGUCAACCAUGGUCAGGGAGAUCAGCGCUUCUCCGACAUUCAGCUUGGAGACUGCGGAGGCGUUGUUACCCAGCAUUCAACAUUUGCUAGAGAAGGGCACCUGAUUGGCACCGGUUUGACCCGUAGUCCGGAGGCUACCCUCCAGCUGCCCUGGGGUACCGCGACGGACAUAUGGUCGUUUGGGAACGCUAUACUGAGCCUUCUGUUCAGCGGUGGUUACCACCUGUUCAACCCUAGAAUUGUGGGCGUCAACCCGGGGCACGACGACUACGAACUCACCGUCCUCAAGCGGAUGCACCGGUUCUUUGGCCCGUACCCGCAGUCCUACGAUGACUUCAACGAUCCGGAUACCAUCGCCAUCAUCAACUUCAUCAACCACCUGGAGCCUCCGGGGAAGCCGUUCGCCAGGGUCACUCCGCGAGAGGUUCCGUCCGCAGACAAGGAGUUUCUUUUGAAGAUUAUGAAACUGGACCCCGGCGACAGGCCUUCGGCGGAGGACCUCCUUGCGGAUGAGUGGUUUACAGAAGAUUCACAGGACACUCGUGACCCGCUGCCGGGAGAAGCGAAGCAGCCCGAGAAGGAGGAGCAGUGCGGGGAUGUCGAGUCUUGGCUCUAG